AUGGGGGAGAGAAGACAUACUAAAGUAACUCUUGUAAAAGUUCCACGGGUUUUGGCCGAAUGUUUAGAAAGAUAUGAAUCGGGUACGGAAGUUGGGGCAAUUGAAGAGACGGCGAAUGGAGUGGUAUUUCGUGUUUGUGCAGGGAUUGGGCCUAGUGGAUUGCCAAGAGAAUGGCAUAUGGAUACAAGAGUAAGACAACCGGGUAUGUUUACUUUCGUACAAAGAUCACAAAGUGCUACUAUUGAUGGUAUUGUGGCUGAAGAAGCUACUAUUAGACCGGAAAUUACUCCUGAGUACUUGAGGUAUAAGAAAGAACGAGCUAAAGCAUUAGAAGUCCGACGGGAAGUUAAAGCAGUUGAUAGUUUAAGAGAAGGAAUUAGAAUGGAGAAGUAUGGUGCUUCAGAGUACGACUUGAUGGCUCGUAGAAGGAAGAAGAUGCUUUUGGAUAAGAAGCGAGAAAGACUGGCUAAGACUGAAGUUAUGGAUAUUAUGUUCCGAGCUUUUGAAGAGUAUCCCUACUGGUCACUAAAAGACUUGGCCGACCGAUCGGGACAGCCACAGGCUUAUAUUCAAGAGAUUCUGCCGGAAAUUGCUGUUAUGAACAAGAAGACUCAUAAGAACAUGUACGAACUCAAGCCGGAAUACAAAAACAACUAA